GUCUCACGUAGAAAUCUCUUGGUACGGUACAUCGCGGGCAGUUGCUCUUGCGCACAGAAGAGCGUUUAGCAGAGCCUACAACGGAAGAAUCCUUAUCCAGAUUUCCCUUUGAAGCUUCCACAAUUUAUGGAAGACAACGGAAGCAGUAAGUUAAUGAAAGCAGCAAGGAAUCGGGAACGAUCUCUCAGAAUCCACAACAGAAUACCACCAUGAGGUCCACAUCGAUCGGAAUGAGCAGCUCUGCGGACUCCGCUUCGUGUUCUUCUGGUGGAAAGCACGAUCGCAGAUACAAGAAGCGGUCAAACAAUGCUUUGAUUGAUGACGAGGUCGCUGUCCCAGAGUCUGAAAACCGAAGUCACACUGAAGUGCGCAGUGGCAGAACCAGCGAAAGUCGAAAUAACGCUGCACGGAAACAGAAGGAAGAAGACAAUGACGAUUCGUACGGAUUGGGUUGCGGCUUCGGCUGUGGACGCUGGAGGCAUGAUCCACAGGACCCUUUUGGAGUGAUGAGCCGUGUCCGUACUAUGAUUCAUGAUAGGUUUUCUAGCAGAGUCGACUUUUCCGAAGAACCCGACUAUCAGAGGACACGACGUUAUCCCGCCACCGUGAACUUCGUGGAACACCGAUUGUAGUCAAGAAGCGACCAGGCCAUGAUACAGUUAGAGAGAGAGAGAGAGAGAGAAAGAUGUUGUAGUGUUACGGUAAUUUAUGAUACUCACUGUUACGUCCUUGCCUUUUGGGACUUGCCGUUGCAAAAGGACAAGCGACGAGGAACCACCAGCCAACAAACGUAGCAGAAGCUGCGCUGGAUCCUUACAUUUAAAAUAAGAUAAAUAAUUGCAUUCUUUUACAUG